AUGGAUCAGCAUGGACUGAAGCGCAACGAAUCGAGACGACAGUCUGACAUUUGGGGAGGCAGUAGCUGGAGGAGGCAUGAUACAGGUGACACAGCUGAUUCAAUGCUCGAGUCUGCAAUGCACCUGCCUGGUCCUGGAUCUCUGCCCCAGCCCAUGAUGCCCCCAAAUGGACAAGGUGGAACCAAAGACCAGGAGGGAAUAAUGGUCAGGGUACUGAAACCACCACAACAACAACACAACCCGGAUAUUGAUCUAAUCAACAUGGAGGACGACUUGUUGUUAAAACAGAGAGCUGAUCUCUCGUCCACCUCAGUCAUCAGCACCUCAGAUGUAUCCGUCUUCGGUAACCUGCCUCUGCCUGACCUUUUUCCCCAGCACAUCAAGCAGGAGGGGACUUAUUCUCUGGAUAAACACUUGGAAACUUACAGUGAACACACAGGCACUGGUCCUAAUGAUUUGGAUGCCAAGAGUGCUCGCUUAAUGGAGGAUACCGAGAUUUGGCAAGACUUGGACCUUCCUAGCUCUCUGCCUGAAAUCAGUGAUUUUGAGUUGGAUUCAGAAGUAGCACACUUGGGUAACAUCCUACUCGACAGCAGGGGCGGCGACGGCUUGCUAAAGGAAACAAAGUCUCUUGUGGGUAACGGAAUAAACCGUACCAAUGUGAACGGCUCAGAACACCCCAUUCAGCAUCAUUCUCACCAGCAGCAGCAACAGCACCACCACCUUCUACAGCACCAGCAACAUCAGCUUCAUCAGCAGCAGCAGCAGCAGCAGCCUGCGUCGCUUCUCUCCAGCGUUAUGAUCAAGGAAGAGAAGGAUCCUGGCGACCCUUUAAUCCACAUCCGCACUCCUGGUGUGGUCAAACAGGAGAAGCAGGACACCCCUGGUUUCUGCCAGGCGCAGUGUCUCCAGAGCGGCAUGAGCUCUCUCCAUGGAGGAGGCCCCAUGCCUUCACCUAUGGGUGUCAGAGCAGGUCCUGGCUACCACUACAGAGGCAACCAGUUCUCCACAGUGGGCCUACAAGACCAGAAGCCUAUUGGCAUGUACUCAAACCUGCCUGUGGUUGGGGAGAACUGGGCCAGGGGGAACAGAUAUGGAGAGCCGUCUGGGAUACAGAGGAGUGACGAUGGGCUCCCCACCGCCGCAGCCUUGGCAUCUUUCUCCGUCAGCUUCGCUGGCUCAUCACCCAGAGCAGGAGACACCAGCAGUCCUGUGGUGCCGGUCCAGUCCAAGCCCAGUGGUCAGUCGCAUAAGAUCUGUUUAGUGUGUUCAGACGAAGCCUCAGGAUGCCACUACGGGGUUGUAACCUGCGGCAGCUGCAAGGUGUUCUUCAAGAGGGCCGUCGAAGGAUGGAGAGCACGACAAAACACAGAUGGCCAACACAACUACCUGUGCGCGGGGAGAAAUGACUGCAUCAUUGAUAAGAUCCGGAGGAAGAACUGUCCAGCCUGUCGCUUCAGGAAAUGUCUUCAAGCCGGAAUGAACUUGGAAGCGAGGAAAAACAAGAAGCUAAUGAAGAAACCCUCUGGAUCAUCACAGCCUAUCAACAACAUGCCUAUUCCAGUCAUCCCCAAGUGCAUGCCCCAACUCGUGCCCACCAUGCUGUCUAUGCUCAAGGCCAUCGAGCCCGAAGUCAUCUACUCGGGAUAUGACAGUACACUGCCUGACACCUCCACGAGGCUCAUGACCACUCUGAACAGGCUUGGAGGACAGCAGGUCAUCUCUGCAGUCAAGUGGGCUAAGUCACUGCCAGGCUUCCGAAACCUGCACCUGGAUGACCAGAUGACACUGCUGCAGUGCUCCUGGCUCUUCCUCAUGUCCUUCAGUCUUGGGUGGAGGUCAUACGAGCAGUGUAACGGGAGCAUGCUCUGCUUUGCCCCUGAUCUUGUCAUCAAUGAAGAGCGUAUGAAGUUGCCCUUCAUGACCGACCAGUGCGAGCAGAUGCUGAAGAUCUGUAAUGAGUUUGUCAGACUGCAGGUGUCCUAUGACGAGUACCUGUGCAUGAAGGUCCUGUUACUGCUCAGUACAGUACCGAAAGAUGGCCUGAAGAGCCAGGCAGUGUUUGACGAGAUCAGGAUGACGUACAUCAAAGAGCUGGGAAAAGCCAUCGUCAAAAGAGAGGAGAACGCCAGUCAGAACUGGCAGCGCUUCUACCAGCUAACUAAGCUUUUGGACUCAAUGCAGGAGAUGGUUGAGAGUCUUCUCCAGAUCUGUUUCUACACCUUCGUGAAUAAAACCCUCAGUGUGGAAUUCCCGGAGAUGCUGGCGGAGAUCAUCUCCAACCAGAUACCAAAAUUCAAAGACGGGAGCGUCAAGCCUCUGCUGUUUCACCAGAAAUGACUGCCUUAAACUGUGAAGCGAUGCCUUAAAUUCUGCCCUGCCCGUGUACCUCUCCGGGGCCCCAAGCUUUCACCCUGAGCCCUAAGCCUUUGCUUGUCCUGCCUCUGCCCUAUCACUCUGAUUUGAUUCUUUUUUUUUUCUGGGCCCCCUUUAGGAAUUUUGCCACUCCCCUCCAGGCCUCAGUCAUUCGGCCUAAUCUCGGAGCACAAUACCUUUGGCCUCCUAAUCUGUUCACGCUGGCCAAUCUAUGGUAGGACAUCCACCCUCCGACCUGUAGCCCUUCCUGUUGGCUAACCAAGAAGAAUUUGUCCUCCAGGGGAAAUAUGUUGACUCUGAAUGUCUUGUGGGCAGAAUGCAUUUUGGACAUUUUUUUUUUUUGACCCCUCCUCCGUCCACGGCCCUGUCCUCAGGUUUCAUUUGGUGGCUGCCUGCCUCUUACUCUCUCCUGCCUCCAGUGUGUAAUCGCUGUUUUCACUAACGACACUGAGUAACACCUUUUCCUCUCUCUACUUGCCCCCUAAAAUUCUGUCCAAUUGCCAGAUUAUCAGCCUAUUGAGACUUUCCCCAAGUUCCCCUGCUCACCUGCCCAGCUUGUCUCCGUUUGCCCUUCCCAGCUCCACUACGCAGAGAAUGUAGUGAGUGAUCACUUGUUGUCUUUUCCCGGGAACUGUUGCGAUGAAGGGGAUAAACCUAAACAGAAAAAAAAAAAAAAAU